AUGACAAUUGUUCAAAGUCUGGGACUACAGUGGGAUAUGCCUUCAGAAUAUCUCGUGGAAACCAGACCCCGACGCAAUGACAAUUGUUCAAAGUCUGGGACUACAGUGGGAUAUGCCUUCAGCAUAUCUCGUGGAAACCAGACCCCGACGCAAAGACAAUUGUUCAAAGUCUGGGACUACAGUGGGAUAUGCCUUCAGUAUAUCUCGUGGAAACCAGACCCCGACACAAUGACAAUUGUUCAAAGUCUGGGACUACAGUGGGAUAUGCCUUCAGCAUAUCUCGUGGAAACCAGACCCCGACGCAAUGACAAUUGUUCAAAGUCUGGGACUACAGUGGGAUAUGCCUUCAGCAUAUCUCGUGGAAACCAGACCCCGACGCAAAGACAAUUGUUCAAAGUCUGGGACUACAGUGGGAUAUGCCUUCAGUAUAUCUCGUGGAAACCAGACCCCGACACAAUGACAAUUGUUCAAAGUCUGGGACUACAGUGGGACAUGCCUUCAGUAUAUCUCGGAAACUAG